GGUUCAAACGGUAAUACUCCAGCAAUAAGAGAUCAGCAAGCAACAGAAGAUUGGCUUAACUGGUACGCUAAUAAACCUCAAGAUCAGCCAAGUUUUAGUUUUGUAUUUUAUGAUGCAGUGUAUGGUUAUGAUUUUACUGCCGAGUUUAAUCAAGAAUUUUCACCUACAGCAGGCAGAAUAAAAUAUGCUAAAAUGGCAGAUGAAUAUGGCGCCGAUAUGGAAAAAUUAUAUGAUUCAAGCGUACAAUAUGUCGAUAGCUUAGCUGGUAAAAUUUUAGAUAAACUCGAACAAAGUUCGCAACUAGAAAACACCAUGGUUAUAAUAACUGGCGAUCAUGGCCAUGAAUUAAACGACAACGGGCAAGAUUUUUGGGGGCAUAAUUCUAAUUUAGCUAAUAGCCAAAUUAAAGUACCUUUUAUUAUUAUAGAUAAAAACUUUAACCAACAAAAACCAGAAAAAAUCUGUCGCAACUUAACUAGCCAUUACGAUUUAGUACCAACAAUAAUGAAAAACCUUCUAGGAACAACUAAUGGGGCUAGCGAUUAUAGUUGCGGAGUUGAUUUAUUUAGCGACUUUAGCUAUAGAAAAUGGGUUUUAAGUUCGGCGAAGAAAAAAUACUUAGAUUAUUUUGGUGUUAUUCAACAAGAUUAUACGAUAAAACUAUUGCCCUCGGGGUUUUAUCAAUUUUUAGAUAACCGCAAUAGCCCAAUAGCAGAAACCGAAGAAAUCAACUACGAACAAAUCAACCAAGCCUUUGAAAUGGUAGAAAAAUUUACUCAUUGA